AUGGACACGGCUUUUGAUUAUGUCAUCGUUGGAGGAGGAACAGCAGGUGCAGAAAUACUCCAGUAUUGUGUCUCCGGAAAACGCAAGCUGAUCAGAAUUGUAGGCUGUGUAUUGGCUAGCCGUCUCUCCAACUACAAACCCCAGAGCUCGAUCCUCGUGAUCGAAGCCGGAUUGGAGCAGGAUCCUCGGGUGAAACCAAGUUUGGGUCUCGUUGGCCAGCCGGCAAGAGAAAUCAAAUGGGUUUUUCCAAGUGCACCACAGAAGGCAGUUGGCGAUAAGACCACGGAUUUCACACAAGGCAAGAUCCUCGGAGGAACCUCUUCGGUCAACCAUCAAGUCUGGUCCCGUGGUGCGUACGGGGAUUUUGAGCGAUGGGCAAACGAAGUAGGUGACCAACGGUGGUCGUGGAAAGGAUUACUCCCGUUCUUCAAAAAAUCAGAGACUUUCAUUCCUGGGUUCGACCUGCAGGAUAAGGACCUGUCUGCCUUGCACGGGGAUACUGGGCCGAUCAAGGUCUCCCAAGUUUCUUCAUCCGGUCGUCCUCGCCAGUAUCCAUUGAAGGAGGCCAUCGCGAAGAUGUACGAAUCUGCGGGAUGUAAGCGUGCCUACGAUAUGAACUCUGGCGAUAUUCUGGGAUAUAAUGAGGCGACUACUAGCUCCUACGAUGGGAUGCGCCAGUGGUCAGCAGGAAAUUACCCGUUCGGUCCAAACGUGACGAUUUGGACAGAUACUCAUGCCACCAAGGUUGUCGUCCAAGGAACUCGUGCAACAGGCGUCGAGAUUUUGCGAUCUGGAAACGUCAAAGGUGAAGUCGGAAUCGGGCCGGCUCAGGAGCUUAAGAGACAUGGAAUCCCGCAGGUGGCAGAAGUGCCGGUUGGUGAGAAUUACAGUGACCACCCCAUGCUAGCCACAUACUGGAACCUUGAAGAGCGCGGCUUGUCCCUGGGAGACGUUACAAUGAAGACUCCAGAAUGUGACUGGACCGUAGGACUACCCGUGGACUGGAUGGCUUUUCAUCGCCAUGACGACGAUUCCAUUGUGACUUUAGCUCGAAGUCUGCUUGAUUCUCUGGAAUUGGAACGCUUUAAGAGUCAAAGCAGAGCACAUACCGAAUCCGUCAUCCUAUAUGGCCACAUUGACUUCACCGGCAAGGCGGGGCCAUCACCACCAGGCUCCAACAUCUGCGUCAUGAAUAUCCUAGUCACACCGUCAUCCCGUGGCACAGUGACGCUACGAUCCACCGAUCCUUUCGACCCACCUCUGUGUGACCCCAACAUCCUGUCGAACGAGGUUGACAAGCAGCUUUUAUUUUCCGUUGUGCGCUUGACAAGCAAAGCCCUCGAAAGAUCUAUUGCUCCGGAAUUUGGUCUCUCAGAAUAUGUAAUCGACGACAGCGUCAAAGGCGACUAUAGUGACGAUGCCAUCAUGCAGCGCUGUAUCCGGAUUGCGCGCCCUGUCAAUCACGGCAGUGGAACUUGCGCUAUGGGCAGCGUUGUCGAUACCGAAUGCCGGGUUAAGGGCAUUGAGGGCCUACGGGUUAUCGACUCAAGUGUGAUUCCUCUUCCGCUGUGUGGACACUACCAGGCCGCUGUCUAUGCAAUGGCGGAACAGAUGGCCGAAAUAUUGUCAGCCUAG